AUGGGUACAGAACAUCAUAUGAUCAAAACCGAACAGAAAAAGGAGUCUUCCGAGGUCUUGCGCGUUUCGAUGAAGUUACUGUACGACACCCGGGAGUUGCGAACUAAAUUUGAGGAGGAUGAAAAAAUCAAAUGGAGGGAAGACAGAGCGGACACGUUUAAGGAGGAUGGAUAUGACUCUGUUAGUAUAUACACCAAAAGGCUAAUAGACAUGUAUGAAUACGAAUUUCAGAUCAAAGCAGCUAGGGCGCUGUUUGGCAAGACUCCAGAUGACCGUAAGCCCUGUAACCUCAGACGCGUAAAUAAUAACGCCUUUCGAGAUUCCGCUGAUGCUGAACUAAAUGGAGAUGACGACGAAUUAAAUGAAGAUGAAGGCGAAUUAAAGGGAGACGAUGGCGAAUUAAAUGGAGGCAGUGGUGGUACUGGCAGACUCAGCACAGAGGACUGGGUCCUUAUCGGAGAGCCGGAAAUGUACAAUUACAACGACGUAGUCGUAGCUGUUAUUACUAAGAGCUUUGGCGAUGAAACAGGCUCCAAGAGAUACAUCGGCUUCUUGAGCCACAUUGCCAGGAUCCCGCAAAGCAGCUUGUGGCAAUACAUUUUUACAUUCAACGCACAAAUAUCUUCUUUACGAAACAUUAAGGUACUGAUGUGGGCGAUUGAUAAUCUUAAGUCCUAUAAGCGUGUUGUGAGGAGCCUUUCCGAUGAGGUUGCGAUGAAGUCAAUACCAGAACUGUUCUUGAAAGGCCCUGUGACAGACACUAGACCUUUUACGGACAAUACUGUAGACAUUCAAGAUGAUGUACUCGAGUCGAUGAACCAAUCGCAAAAGGUUGCGAUAUCAAGAGCAACUCAGGAAGAUGGGGACAAGGUGGUGCUGAUUCAGGGCCCUCCUGGAUGUGGCAAAUCGACAGUAAUCGCUGAAAUUGUGCGUUUACUUAUCUCCCAUGGCCAAGAUAACGCGAGACCGCAGGUCCUGGCGUGUGCACAGUCGAAUGUUGCUAUAGCGGACCUUGCGUAUAAGUACGUUACCACCAAAAAGCCUAAAAACAAGUUUGAGUGUAUCAUGGUUAUGAGGCCACCCAAGAUUACUGAUAGCCGCAAGAGAGCUGUGCUUGAACCAUUUACAAUUACCACCCGAUAUCACCAAUUUGUCAAUGCUGUGUUGCACACCAUCAUACGCGCUUUUGAGCGUACCCCCACCGCGUGUCACGGGAGCACGACAAGAAAUGAAGUUAAGAGUAUUGUGGCCGCCGAUUUCAAUGCGUGUGUGGAGAGUGGUUUAAUCGAGCUACUGUCUCAGGAAGCCUGCGCCCUCCUUAUGUUUACGGAGGGUGCGAUCAGCGAAUAUGAGCUGCCAUCUACCGAUUUGACCCAGGUGAAGUCCCUUGUUUUAGGAAUGCGCAACGAACUUAAGCUCUUUUUUGAACCCGUCGACCUCAAGUCGUUGCUCGAACUUUGCAGUGUUAGUCAGCAUACCGGCACAUCGCCACUCUCUAAACCCAUAUCUAUUUAUGGGUGGGUUAAGCGAGCUCUCCUCGGCGCAGCGUCUGUUGUAUUUUGCACGAUUAAUAUUGGGAUAUCGUUGACUUAUAAUAAACGCCUGGAAAGAUUAGAGUAUAUCGUUGUCGAUGAGGCAGGACAGGCACUAGAGCCAGAUGUGGCUGCACUAAUGCGCGUUGGUUCGUGCUUUCGCCGCCUAAUUUUGGUUGGAGACCCAAAACAGCUCCCAGGAUAUUGCGCAUCCAACCGAGGCAAGCGCGAGAUGAUGGACCGCAGCCUCAUGGAGCGUCUCCAGACAUACCGACUGUGCCAUUUUACACUUCUCAACGUACAAUACCGCAUGCAUCAAGACAUCUGUGCUUUCAUAUCUCAAGCCUUCUACGAUGACGAGCUGACCUCGGACGAAUCAAUCCACAGCAGGAGCCCCGUUACAACACUACCAGCAAUUAUGUCCGUUAUGUUUCUGGGAUCCCGGACGUGCCAAUCAAAAAUCACGAAAACGAGUGUGGUGAAUAUCGACGAGGCUAGGUACAUUGUUGCCCAUGUAUUCAACGUGCUGCUGUUGAACAGAAAGAAGUCAACCCCUUCGUGCAAUCCUGUUUCUGAAUCAGUACCCUAUGCUGAAAUGGCGAAAAGCCCACAAAAGGCAAGGGUGCGGCAACCUGCAGUAGCCGCCACGAUAUCCAUUGGAAUUAUAUGUAUCUACAAGGCACAAGCCAGCGUUAUACGUUAUCUAAUCGACAAGAUGCUACCCCAAAAAAGAUCUGGAUUCAAUAUAGUCGUUAGCACCAUAGAUUCAUUCCAGGGACAGGAGUGCGACGUUAUCUAUGUGGCGCUUACAAGAACUACACAAAUUAACGAUUUUAUGUGCGAUCCUAACCGUAUUAACGUCGCAAUUUCGAGAGCUCGACAUCACUUUAUUGUAGUGAGGGAUGUAAAUCUUUCACUGACAGGCAAACAGGACGCCUCACUAUCCUACUGGCACAGCCUGUGUGUGGACAGGGAACCCGUGAUUAUCGAUCCGGACUACAUGAGGAGCGUACCGCUGUACGAUGGGCCGGAACGCGUAACUGGUACCAAGGCUAAGGAAAUACCAGCAACACCGUCCACAAUUUUAAAGCUCAUAGCUAAGGGCCUGGUUACCACAACCCCCGUUUGGACCAUCCGUUACGAGAGACUCAUGAUAGGCCCGAAAAUCCCACAAGGGAUCCAUAUGCUCGAAUAUGUUGUGCAAGCGCUGGCCAGUGGAGACUUUGACGCGGGAGAUGGCGGUAGAACAACUAGACCUUUAUUCCGCAAACAAAAAGGAGCAUCUCUGUUCUUCAUUACCUCGGUGUGUGAUACAGUGUGCCUUGCGUGGACCGUGGUGGUGCGCGGACACCGCCAGGCCAUUGAACUACUUGGCAUUGGAGACAAAACAUUCGUCGAGAAAAUGGUCUGGCCGCUGCUCCGUCGCGACAUCGAAGAGCAACCAGAAUGGAAGCUCUCUGCGUCUAUGAGUCUGUGGUCGUCUGGUAUAAGCGUAGACCUCUCCAAGGAUAUGUCAAAAAGUACCUCGUUGCUCUAUGUGCCCGCAGAUGUAGAUGUCCCUGCCGCUGAUGUAUUGGCGGAUGUACCAGAAAAUGUACAUCUUUUGAACGAUCACAACCACAUUGAAGCUAUGCCCUUUAUGAGAUCUAGACCCACUAUGAUCCUUGGAGGUGGGGGUACUGGCAAGACGGAGUGUAUGCUGGAUAUGAUUGAGCAGCAACUGGGUAUGGAUGCAGACUAUGACAACAUGCAGCUCUAUUUAGGAGCAACAGAUUCGUUAGCCAACUGGUCAUCGAUGAGACUGUUAAAACGGGAGAGCAUAACGGAAGAGAGCUUUAGGUUGGUAUCGUUCACCAGUCUUCCAUCUCUACUUGCAAAGCUCUACAUGUCGAAUAGCGCCAUACGCGGAAAGCUCUUUGUGGACCGGUACAUCUUUAGGUCCGAAUACAUGGAUGCCAUGCCUGCAAUGGUCCGCAGCAUUGGCGCCGAUGAGCUCUACGAUGCCAUCCACGCGCGCAUCGAUAUAGAGGCACAAAACAGAACUAGGUUCCUUAGGUCAGAGCACAAGACAGCGCACAAGGUGUACAAAUCGAUCAAAGCAUUGCAUGGCCAUAUCGAUGCUUACGAUCUUCACGCACUCGUCAAACGAGACCCGCAACGAUUAGUGGCUAUGGCGUCGAAGAUAGCACGCAUCUACUUAGAUGAGGUCCAAGAUAUAUCAUGGACAAUGUGGUCCGUAAUCGAGAUAAUGCUGUCUGCACGCACCUCGAGCGUGGUGUGUGCUGGUGAUUUCACACAGCGACUUACACCAGGGAUCUCGAUCAAUGGCAUAAAGACGCUUAUCUAUAAGCACCUCCCCAAGAGUAUGGAGAUUGUUAGAUAUAAGAUCAAUUAUCGAUCGGACCCCAGCAUUAUAUCGCUCGCAAACCGUAUCCAAUCGUACACCCACAUGAGAGAACACGCAAUGGAACCGUCUCCCUAUACUCAGGAAACUAGCAACUCCGUGACACUGGUAGAGAUACAGGACAUCGAGCAUGAAAAUGUAGCCGAUGUGUUGCGCUAUAUCGGAGUACCAUCCAACAACUACAGAGCUGCGAUCGUCACAUCGUCGUCAUGGGCACACCGGCUUCGUGAGUCUUUGGGUAAAUCUCACAAUGUCUUUAGUGCUUACGAGUGUAAGGGUCUCGAGUUCGACCUUGUUGUGUGUUGGGAUCUCUUCAACCCAAGCAUGGGUGUAAAAACAUCGACUCUAAGGCAUAACAUGGGAGCUGCCACCUUAGAUAAGGGUAAUAUUGAGGAAGACGAGAACUUUGAGAUAUACUUAAACCAUCUCUACGUAACCGUUACAAGGGCACGCAAGCAUCUUAUAAUGGUCGUUCCACCGUGCGAGAGAUCCAGCAUUAUCAUCAAGGCGCUCGGAAUAAGCGAUAUCAUUCAUUACAAUGAGCUUCAGGAGUGUGGACCUCUGCCUGAAAUCACCCUUCUAGUUGACGAGCUCAGUGUGUCUGACGAACUAAGAAUGGCGAUCGUGAUGAGAGAGAGGGGAUUGCUCCAUCAGGCCCUCAACGUCUUUGAACAGUACGGCGACGCUGCACAAGCAGGGUUUACAAGAGCUCUAAUUCACCGAAAAGAGCACAGGCUUCGCGGGGAAGAUCACGAGAUCCAGCUUUGUAUUGCUGAGUGUUACGGAGUGAUCGAGGAAUUGCACCAGUCGACAGAGAGUGUUCUCAAAAUCGAGGAUGUAAAGCUAUUCCUUGCCCAGGCACUGGUCGCUGAUAAGCAGUAUGCUGAAGCUUGUUUGCUUUACGAAGACCUGGAGAUGGAAGAUGAACUGGUCGCGUGUCUAAUCGAGGCAGUCGAAUCAAAGUCUGGAGAUGUAAUGCGGAUACGAUACCUAAUACCCGAAAAAGCUGUAGCUAUAUGGGAGCAUUUCAAGGACAACAAUAGAUACGCAAGAUUCGUUGUUGCAUUGAUGCUUGCGUUUGAACCUCCAUCUGUAGACCUAGUUCAGUCGAUGAUCUCGCACAUUCCAUCCAAGGCAGGGCUUAUUAUGAUGCAUAACUCUCUGGUAGAGGCCAAUAAAAGUGUAUCUCCCAUAUGGGAAGUAUUCCGAAGAAGAAAGUCGCUGCAGAUUGGGCCCGGGUCAGGAAAGUUGGGGGAACUGACAUUUUUAGAAUGGAGUUCAUUGCGACGCCUUGAUGGCCGGCACGCUAACAAAGACUUGGGUUACAUUAUGUCUGCUCAUUGCUUGCCAAAAUAUCAGUCGUCAAUGGCAUGUCUGUUUGUUGGGCCUAGAAACAGCAAGACCACCGACAUCUUGUCACUCCAUAUCCAAUCGGGUGCUAUACUAAAGGCGUGUCGAUCGCUGGAAGUGCCUUUGAAGCAUGUGGCAAUGAAGAUGACUGAACUCUCGUGCUCCCUUUCAGAUUUUAUGGCACUCCAUUCCCAAAUACCGAGUGAAGAAGAGUCAAGGAUGCACCUGCUUGCCGAGGCGUACAAGAUGCAUAAGCUGGAGAUGAGGGGUAGCGAGCAUCAGCUCGCACUCUUUAGAUGGUGUGAUAAGAUGAGCCGGGGUGCGGACAUUAUCGGGAUUAUCUGUACCAUGCUUAGGGAGGAUAAACAGAUGCUGCUCGGCAGCUACAGACCAGGUAACACUGCAAACGCAACACAGAAAGCACUGCUUCGUGUGUUAAGCGAGAGGCGCUAG